GCCACAUAAGCACCUCCUUUGACAACACCACUAAUCACUUGGCAAAAUCCAACCUUCAAGAUUUAAAAGACCAGACCCUCUUCGCCAUCAUGAAAUUCAAGCACAAGGAAUCCCAAAACCCACUGAUCACGAAAAAAGAGCCAGGAAUCACAAUUUCAAUCUUUCAUUUUCACAUCCACCAAACACAACUCAAGUAUCGAUGGACUCCAAAACAUCACUCUUCAAAAACGAAGGUCAAAUAGACUCCGAGGCUUCAACGCUAGAGAUCAGCAAACGCCAGUCGAUAAAAGCAAAGCUAUUUCGAUCUCGGUCUCCAGCUCUUGCCCCACAACCGAAAAUUUUCACUGCAGAAGAAGAGAGAGCAGAACGUUUCAGAAUCGGGAAGGAAAGGCACUUCGCGGAACAGAAGGCAAAGGAAAAGGGACGGCGCAAGAAGGAAAAGAUAUGGGAUCAUGCAAAGUAAGUUCCGCACAAGGAGAAGCUUUGUAAUUGUUAGGCGCUGAUGAUGUUUCGUAGCUCAAGCGGUGGGGUUUACACGCAGAUGUACAAGCAUGACAACGGAAAGGUAAACAAAUGGACUCUGUUUACUGCCAUGUUUGCCACUUAAAUGGGUAUAUGUCUGGCUCAUGGGAUAUUUGGCG